GCUCCUCAUCAAUGUUUCCCCGGGUCACGCUCGAAUGACUUCCUUUCACCUUGGUCAAGCAAGCUAUCUGAAGGCGACAUCUCAACACAACGCAAACAGAAGGGAAGUCCUAAACCAGCUGUUGGACACUGGCAAGGAGAUGGAGACUGACGACUGUACCAUGGAGACGACAACCUCCCAAGACCUUCUGGCUGCUGCAGAGAAUGAUAGAACCGGCAGAUCUGUUGAUCAUGUUCAGCAUUCGCGGAAUUCAUGGGACUUAGAAUUCUCAAGGCUUGGCGCCAUAUACAAGCAACCUUUUCGCAAGCAAGAAGGAGCACAAUCGUUCUCAGCGAAGGCGAUACGGAAGUUCAUUGUCACGCCACCAAACAAACACGUCGACACAAAGGGCGUGAGGCCUUGGGAGCAACAUCAGAUGGCACCGAUAGCUCCAGGUGAGGUUCUCGUUGGGCUUUGGCUUCCACUUUACGGGUGCUUCCUCAACAAAAAUGCUCUGCAGUCACGAGACCUCUGCUUGUCACGGACACGAGUCCUAGAAACCAACAUAACCUGA